CUAACUACUAAAAUUAACCAUUUUUUUAAAAACUCAUUAAUAUACACUACUAAUAAAACAUAAUUCACAAACAACGACGAUUCAAUCAGAGACCCGUGUCAGCAUCUUCAACAAACCCACGACUGACCUUUACUACUACACUACAGUACAAUUAUCAAAAGCCUCUUGUCAUUUUCUUAACAUCAGCACUCAUACUUGGAAUAAAAUUAUUAACUAAGGGGACCAGAGAACAUUAUUGUAUAAACGCAGUGGGGAAAAACAAAAUUUUCUUUAGAAAAUAAUAAAAAGUGGAGGGGCAAAUGGAAACAAAAAAGCCAAAAAAGGAAAAAGAAAGAACCAAUCUUCACGUCGGGACAGUUAAAGAGACUCUCAUAUUCAAACGCGUGUAACUAACUCUCCGCUUUGGCAUCUCUUCACAGUCUUGCCAAUCAGGGACUGUUUCGUCGAGGUACAACCUUGACCACAACUCCGUCACACACACACACACCCACACCCACACACACACUAGAGAAGAAAUAUAAGAAUACAUAUAAAACAAGGAAAAAAAGAGAAGAUGAAACUUCACGAAACCAAAAAUUUCCAAUGAGAUUUGAUUCGCGGACGCACAAAAUUCGCUCUCUUAAUCAUUCAUAACAAACUCCGAAACUCAACAAAGACUUUCGAAGUUUGGGAUCCCACUGAUCUCUGCUGUAAUAAUAACAAACACUUGCACAUAUGGCGGAGCUGGCACAAGCCGCCGCCGCAGCGGCGGCAGCCGAUGUGUACGCGCCGAGGACUCUGCAAGUGUGGAGAGCACUCCUGAACUGGCUGGGCUUCUUCUUCCAGAUCUUCGUUCAGAUCCUAAGGGGUACUCCGUCGGUCACUCAAGUCCUGUCUUUCGUCGGUUUAGGUCAGUCCUUUCUGCCACCUUCCUCACCUCAGUUCAAGCCCUUGCCGGUGGUCGAAUUACAGGAGAUUGAGGAUCCUCCGCAUCAACGUCCGGCUCCUCCUGCCUCCUCUACCGUUCAAUUUACUCCCGGCGCUGAUGAACGCCUGGAGAAGCUCACGGUCGUUCUUGACUUGGAUGAAACUUUAGUUUGCGCAUAUGAGACAUCUAGUCUACCCUCUAUGAUACGCAGUCAAGCCAUAGAAGCUGGGUUGAAAUGGUUCGAGUUGGAAUGUGUAUCUUCUGAUAAGGAGUUUGAAGGAAAACCUAAGAUCAACUAUGUUACAGUGUUCGAGCGUCCUGGAUUACAUGAAUUUCUUACUCAACUAAGUGAAUUUGCAACUCUUGUUUUGUUUACCGCUGGACUUGAAGGCUAUGCAAGGCCUCUUGUAGACAGAAUAGAUUCUGGAAAUCGAUUUAGUCACAGACUCUACAGACCAUCAACAAUUAGCACAGAAUAUCGAGAGCAUGUAAAGGAUCUGUCAUGUAUAUCAGAGGAUAUGUGUCGAACAGUCAUUGUUGAUAAUAAUCCGUUUAGUUUCUUAUUGCAACCACUUAACGGCAUCCCGUGCAUGCCAUUCUCUGCGGGUCAACCGCAUGAUGAACAGCUUUUGGAAGUUAUCCUUCCACUUCUGAAGCACCUUUCUGAGCAGAAAGAUGUAAGGCCUGUGCUCUAUGAAAGAUUUCAUAUGCCCGAAUGGUUUCAAAAACACGGGAUUCCUGCAUCUGGGUGGACUAAUUAUGAGGGGACCAUCAAUGGGUAAAACUAUUUAUUAUUCCUGGAUGCACCUGGAAGCUUCUAUUUAGAAAAGGGCAGUCUCUUCCCAGAAAGACUGAAGUUUUGUACAGUACCGUUUUGUGCACAGAACCAGCUUCAAGUUUCUUCAGCCACUUUGGAAAGGUGUUUCCAGUGGAUAUUCUCCAUUUGUUCGAGGCCAAGACUUCGGUUACCUAGUUUAUAGCUUCCAAUCCAAGUAAAAUCUAAUGGAUCUCUCGGGGGUAGCGUAAACUGUUUUAUAACCAAUAAUUAUUAGUAUGAUUUGUGAAAUUCUUCUGUACAGAAUCCCUAUUAUUUGGUGCUAUUCCUAAGUAGUCGAAGAGUGCUAUUUCAGAAUUCAGAGUUUAGAUGUAAGGAAACCCUAGCUACGUAUGUACUGCUGCUUAGAGCAGCUCAAUAUUCUACCAUAUUUAAAGGACAGGUGCAGCUCAAUGUUCAAUGGUUCAACUUCAACCGACAAGAUUUAAAUUAUUAGAAGAUUGCUCUUAACACUUUCUUGCUAUACUUCUGUACUCCUGUGUGAAAGUUAAAUACUUAUGAGGUACUCUCUACUCCUACUUAGAAGAUGUACACUAGCUAGUAUCAUCUUGAUAAUUCAGAGAAAAUUUUGGAAACAAG